UAUGACCACAACUGUUUCCAGUAGCACACCAAAUGUGACCGGUACCCCCCUUAGUAAGCAACCUCUGCAGUUCUCUUUUCUAGUGGAUCCGCCCAUAUCUUCAUGUCAGGAGGGACUCUACCUGCCUAAACUUGUGGCUCCAACUCCUGCACAUGGAGAACGGAUCGUAGCCGAGGUCAACAAAGAGAUAGAGAUCAGAGUCAAAGCACAGGCAGCUUAUUCAACGAUCAACAACAUCAUCUUCAGCGGACCAUCAAACGUCACCAAGCACAGGGACGUUAACAACGAAUUUGUCCUCAGGUGGACACCGGUUGAAGAUGAGCUGGGAGAUCAUUUCGCAAUCUGCUUUGUUGUGGAAUCAGUGGGCGGGUCACGUGUCUAUCAGUCUGAGAUGAGGUGUGUUCUGGUGGAAGUCCGAAAGGAGCAGAUUGAAGCCACCGUGACCUGCACUGAAACCACAAUGAAGGUGGAGGUUGAGAAAGAUUCCUUCUUUGGACUCGAGGAGGAACAUCUUCGCCUCAGUGACCCCAGCAACACCAUCUGCAGCCUUGACAAGCUCUCCAACAACACUCACAUAGUCGCCAUCAUCCCCCUCAACGGCUGCGGUACUGAGAUUGAGGAAGACGAUGAUUACCUCAUUUUCAAGAAUGAGAUCACCACAGUGGAGGACGACCCGAAUGAGCUGAUCACCAGGAAGCACCUGGUGGAGGCCCGGUUCUACUGCCAGUACCCCAAACGGGGCAAUGUGACCCUGAGCUUCUCAGCACACAGAAAGAACGUCACAGUAUGGGAGAAAGGCUUCGGCAAGUUCACCUACCAGUUCGAGUUCUACCAGGAUGACCAGUUUGGACCCAUUUAUGACCCAAACUUUUACCCACUGGAGUUUGACAUCGGAGACAGGAUUUACAUGCAGAUAGAUGCCAGCUCCUCUAUCAACAACACCGAGAUGUUUGUGGAGUCCUGCAGAGCUGCACCGUAUGACAACCCCAACUACCACCCAACCUACUCCAUCAUUGAGAACGGGUGCAAUGUUGACCCAACUCUACAGAUUUACUCCACCUCCAACGACAGACAGUUCAGGUUCAGCAUGGAGGCCUUCAAGUUCAUAGGGUUGCAUGAUCAGGUGUACAUCAGCUGCACAGUCAUGAUGUGUGAAGCAGGGAACCCCAACACCAGGUGCUCACAGGGAUGCAUGAACUCCACAUGGUCCAACGGCCAUAACCGCAGAAAGAGAGAGGCUAUGGUUCAGAGCGGAAAGCACUUCGUUUCCCAGGGUCCUCUGCGUCUGAAGCGUGAAGCAGACCUGAGAGGAGGCUCAGCGUUCAACCUGAACCUGAACCUGGUCUUUGUUGCUGGAUGUCUUCUUGUUGCCGUUGGGAUGGUCUGCGGCGUCCUCAUCUACAAAACCAAAGCCUCCAGGGUCAAAUAUCAACCUCUGCCCUCCUACGAAAACUAAAACUGCCGCAUCUGCCAGGGUGUUUGGAUUAUUAGAAUGUGGGAUUCUGGGUGUUUCUGAACCAAUUAAGUCUUUUUAAAAUUUAACAAAGAUGCAAACAGCUGCAUUCAUUUAAUUACAGUUUUUAUAAAUG